AUGACCGCCAGCUGGCGUCGCUCAAGAUCCCAGACUGCUCAGUAUGACAAGAAGAUUGUCGAGCAACUUAAGGUGUUCGAGGAAAGACAUGCUGAGGAGCUCAGAGCAGUUGAGGGAAAAUAUAACGAGCAACUUGAGGCAACCAAGGUGAAAUACUCCGAGCAGCUUGGGGCAGCUGAGAAGAAAAACGCUGAGUUGCUCGAACAGAAGGCUAAGUUGGCCGAAGAGCUGAGACAGCACCAGGCUACUUUACUCAAAGCCAUUGAGACCAAAGAGAAGUACAAGGAGGCUUCUUUGCUUAAUUUCAAGGAAGCCUCUAAACUUCAAGAUGACCUGGUCAUCAGCAGAAAAGAGACCGAGGGGUUGGAGGAGCGCGUCAAAGAGCUCGAGAAGACCAAUGUCAGCAACUUGGAGAGGUAUAAGGGUGCCACCUUCAAUUGCUUCUACACGUUUUGGAAGCAUAACCGCGAGGCAGACUUCAGCUAUCUCUCUGAAUGCCUGAGGCAAUCUCAAAUAAACAGGUGCCUUGCUCGCUUUGAAGAAGAGGAGAGAGCAAAAGUCCCAGCCUCCCCCAAAAUCUCCUUGGCUACGGGCAUUGAUGGCAUUGAAGAGGAAGUUGGGGCCUCCGUCGACCAGCAAACUCCUCAGGACCCUCCUACUUCAUAA